AUGGACGGUUAUAGCUAUGUCCACACGCCCCUUUCCGCGUCGGAAACGCGCGUUGCAACAUCUGACAGGUGUUAUUUCUCCUUAGAUGUCAGAGCAGCGACGGGCGCUGAUGAAGCGGUGAAGACAGCAGCGAAGGCCGCGGCGGGCUGCGGCCUGCUGCGCAGCGCCCUCGGCUGGCCCCCCGGGCGCCCUGCCGACGGGGGCCGCCACGCCCCCGACGCGGGCUCGGCGAGCGCGCGGGCCUGGAGCGACUGCGCCUCCCGGGCCGACUGCGGCCCCGCGGCGCGGCGCGCCCGGCCCCCGCUGGCCCGCCUGGAGCCGGCGAGGCUCGCGGAGGACGCGCAGGCCCUGCCGCGGCGCUUCAUGGUGGACGGCAUCUUGCCUGCACCAGCGUUCUGGAUCAAGGCGGUGCUCCCCGGCGCGCCGCGGCAACCCCCCGCCGGGCAGCGCGGGCGCGGCGCGGGGGUGCUGGACCUGCCCAGCGAGGUGCUGCAGGCCGUGCUGAUGUUGCUGCCGACGUUCCGCGAGCGGGCGCGCGCCUGCAGGGCUUGCAAGGGCGUCAGGUGCCUGGAUUGGCGCCUGGGCCCCCCGCGCCAGCUCGACGAGGAGCUCGCGGGCAUCGGCCUGUGGAGCCGCGGCGCCGCGGCGGUGGCCGAGGCGCUGGCCUCGCCGCUCAACGCAGGGCUCGGGGAGCUGUGCCUGGGCAGCAACGGGAUAGGCGACGCUGGCGCGUGCGCGAUCGCGGAGGUGCUGGAAGCGGGCGUGACCAUCAGGUGGUGA